GCGAGGGAGGGAAGGCAGUUGGCGAUGGCGAGCCGUCAUAAUUAUCAUCAUCGUCUUCACCACCACCGCCGCCAAACCCAUCCCUCCUUCCCCGAGACCUGAAUUCCUGAUUCUCUCUGUGGCAGAAGCACCGGCAAAAGCUCCCUCGAAUUCACCUCCUCCUCGGUCUUCUCCGGUCAAGUCUCUCCGCGUGAGGCGGCUGCUGCGGGGGGAAACCCCGAACCGAAGAACAGAGCGAGGAGCUUCUUUCUUUUCGUCUCUGCUUUUUUUUAUGCCGUCGAAUUGAUUCCCGGGCUGCGAGUGGCGUGCGCGCGCGAGCGAGCGCGGGGAUCGUGCUUCGGGAGGCGGCGAUGCCGAACCUGUAUGUGACGGCGGUGCCGCCGGCGGAUCUGAACCGGAACACCGAGUGGUUCAUGUACCCGGGAGUUUGGACCACCUACAUUCUCAUCCUCUUCUUCUGUUGGCUCCUCGUCCUCUCCCUCACCUCCUGCUCCCCCGGCAUGGCCUGGACCGUCGUCAACCUCUCCCACUUCCUCGUCACUUACCACUUCUUCCAUUGGAAGAAAGGAACGCCUUUCUCAGAAGAUCAAGGAAUCUACAAUGGCCUGACUUGGUGGGAGCAAAUGGACAACGGGAAACAGCUGACACGGAACAGAAAGUUUCUUACAGUUGUACCGGUGGUGCUUUACUUGAUAGCAUCUCACACAACGGACUACCAGAAUCCUAUGCUCUUCUUGAACACACUUGCUGUGAUGGUGCUAGUUGUUGCCAAAUUUCCUAAUAUGCACAAGGUCCGAAUCUUUGGAAUCAAUGCAGACAAAUGAUUGGACUCACCUGGGCAUUUGAGACUAUGAUCUAAUGAGAAGUGAGCUGUUUGUUCUGCUUCAUCUCUGUGUAGAAGUCAGAUUGGCAUAUGCUCGGAACAGUGUUAUCGUGCCAACUGCUUUUCGAAUCUGUCAUAUGAGUGUAGCAGUUUACUUAUGUACAGCAAAGAAACUCCGUCUGUCCAGAUAACAGAGCAAGCACUUGUUGCUUUUGUCAGUGUAAUAUCAGUACAACCGUUGCUUUUUAUUAUUGUAAAUUUACUGUGCUCUUUUAUGUUCUA